GGCGUAUUGUUUUGAUUUUAGGUUCCAGUGUGUGUGUGUGUGUGAAGCACUUGGUGCGAGUAUCUGAAAACCACAUAUAUAUGCACAUAUAAUUUUUUGUCCAUUUAACUUAUUUUACUAGUAUACUUCCGUACAGCUUUUUUAUGUUUCUCGAGCAUCCUCUGGUUCUGGGUGCUUUCUAGAACUUUCAAGAGUGUAAGGUGCAGGAUCACACACUGCUAAAAUUAACCAAAUCAUGGACCCCAAUGGGUUACUGUCCACUAACUCUUGCCAGGUACAUCUGAAGUGGGGUAAUGGAUUUAUAGAGACGUCGCCCAUUUCUGUACCUAGUAAACGUAAACGAAAUGAGACGACUGUAAAUGUAAACGGAGCAGACUGUCUGAACGCUUUUCCCUCCAAAGAGAGUUUGAGGAAACGUGGCUUUGUCUUAAUUGAUGGCCAAAAAGGUGUGUACUACUCAGAGAGCUGGCAGCCUAAUGGCAGCACUUUGUACCUGCCAGUAAAUGGGACUUUGUUGGCCAACAUUGAAAAAUACGACCAGAUCAGCUUUGAGCAGGACGUCUACUGCAUAGGCAAUGCAGCCGGUGGAUUUCAGCAGAAGGUCCAAGGUCAAGCGAUUCAUUGCUGGCGGUAUAGCGAACAUGAAAAAAAGCUUUUUAUUGCACUUUCUUACUUGUUCACAAACUUACAAGUUUUUCAUGAAGUUGUCAGCACUCUUGAUUGUCUCUAAGGAUGAUAGUCGUCUGGAUAAGCAGAGUUGGGCAGUGCUAUUUUAUCACAAAGCACAAAACAAUCACGGUAUUAUACAUAUUAAAGUGUUAAUUGACCUUUUCUAACUUCUUAACAGAGUAUAUGCCUUCAACACAUCACUAUACAUUAUUUCUGUGCGGUUCUUUUCUAGUAACAGCGUCUGUUUCAUGAGUAGCAGUAAACUUGAUCCAUUGCGACUCAACAAGGGAUGUUAUCAACCAAGUGUAUUUCAUUAAUGCGGUGCAAGAUGUUCCAAAAGUGUGGUCAUUUGUGGUUUUGCACAAUAAACACUGUUAUAAGUGACUGAGAUAAUAGACCAAAAUAAACAUUAUGUAAUCACA